AUGGAAGAUAUCCGACCGACCGCGAAGUGGGCAAAUCGCAUGUUGCGCCCCUUAACAUCUAUAUACCAUCGAUUAGAGAAACAUCAUGAAAUUGUCAGUAGUGUAUUAAUCUCAAAGGCGAAAGAGAAGGAAAAGUCUAGCGCAGCGCCCGAUACCGAUCGAACGCGUAUCUCGUCGAAGGGGGUGCGGAACCGAGGGUGCAGUUAUUCGGAUGACGAAGAACCCAACGACCCAGCUUGGAUACCCGGAAAGCUUGACAAACGAAGGAUCAGAAACAAUUAUUCGAGUCGGGGGCGUGGCGAUGGAGCGCGGCGACGCAGUCGACUGCUGAUUCAAAGUCCGGAACUGCCAAAGACACUUCCUGGCGCAAUCGAGAUCGCGACCCCGUUGAUCACCGGCAAGCUCCGUGGCCACAUGGUCGAGACCUCGCCUUCUACAGGGAUUCACCUUCUUCAUAAUCAGAUUCCGAGCGUGGAUAACAGGACCUCGUCAGACCGUCGGAAGACGGGUCGAACGCACAAUAGCAGUUUUCCGCCGUAUCAAGGAUCGUGGAGGGAAGUUUUGGAUCGAUCUGGGGACCCCGGGCUUGUGGAUAUUGCCCAUUUACUCGAUCGUAUCUUCUUGAAGUUCUUGAAGACGACGCGGACAGGGCCUGGGGAAGCCGCAAGGGGGGCUCGAUCGUUGCUAUCAAUGGCUGUGCGACGUAUUCCGGAGUUCAUUGCUGAGGAGCAGAGAAUACAGGAUGAUACGGAUGAGGGCUGUGAGGUUGACAUGUGCGAUGCAUAUUUCACGGAGCUGGAGGCCUCUUAUUCGCCGAGUGGUCAUGGAUGGCAGCCACUUCGUGAAGCUGUGCGCGCUCAGGGAAUCUAUCUAGUCUCCUGCAUGAUAGAGAACAAGUGGCUUACUUCUGCGGCUGCCUACCGGCUGCUGGAAGAGUGCUUAUCGCAGGAAGAGUUCGACGCCUUCGAAUCACUUAUGACUAUCUCCCUCAGAAAGAUCGAUAACUACCAUUACCCAGCAGCCUUUGAGCUCCCGCGUCCGUCUAGCCAUCGGGAAGACGCUAUCCAUAUAAUGGCGAGAUACUAUGCACAGUCUGCAAACCGACGCGCUUAUGUGAUGGAAGAACUAUCAAAGCUUUUGAUGCGGGGGGCCCUUCCUCCGGAGUGGAUGGUGACUACGUUGUGGAAGCGAUGUGUGGAUGGUGCGAUCAAGUCGGUGUCGACAGAAGAUUGCAAUUACACGUCCGCCAGGCGACUAAUCGAAUCUGUCAUUCUAUCAUCAGCCGGUAUUUGUUCGACAGCUACUUCGAACGCGCUCUCUUCUUGUCAUCAGUCACUCCUUGCAAUUCGCUCCCGGGAUACUAGAGCAUGUGCGGCUCAACAGAUACCAAGUCUGAGGAAGGACCAGAACUCAUGUCCCAUUCCUAUCCAAGAUGCCCUUAGCAACCUUACCGCCAGUCUGAUUACGGCGCUUUGUGGCAUGUGCAUCGCCCGUUCGCAAGCGGCUGAUACCCAAGAGCGAUUGGCAGGAAUCAAGACUCAGGAUAUUGUCAACUCCUUGUCCUCUGCUGUCCAGCGGACCGUCGCGAAUGGUUUCGAGCCAGAUGGACCCACCUUCCAUCCCUUGCGCAGAGGAUAUGUGCUACUGGCAGACUGCACGCUGCAGUGUGGAAAAAGUGUCACAGCUGAGGCUAUCUACCAUUCCGAUCCUGUUUCAAGGCAAAACAUAGAGGCGUUCACUCGAUCAUUAGCUAGCCGUCAAGAUGUGGUCAAAGAGCUAGCGGGCCUUGUGUCACAGGUGUUUCAUCACUCGGGGCACGCGCACGGGCAGGGCCCAUCGCGGACGCCUCCAGAAAUUCGGGCCAGGGUUUCGCACCUUGCUCAACUAGCCAAUGCUCCUGGAGCUGCUUUGCUGCUAAGUACAGUUGCUGCAGAAGUUGCAAUGAACUUUGCAGAAAAGAGCUUGGAUCCGGAUGACCACACCUGGGCCGUUGAGAUCCAAGAGAUGGUAGCCUCAGCUCAACAGGGCGAAAGCUUGCACCACUCGUCCUCGGGUAGCAGUCAACAAUACUCGAGCUUAUAUUUCUGGGAAGACAGUAUCGGCGAGUGGGUUGCGAGGACGCCGGCGGCUAAACCCAGGGCUGUCACUGUGAAUGUUGUUCCAAAACAACAUGCUGGGAGACGAGGCCAACCGCGAAUCAUCCCUUGCUCGACAGACAGCUCGUCUGCGAAUUCGGUUUGCUCGGAAAAGAGUAUCUCCACUGUCACAUCUUCCGCGCCAUCUAUCCCGAAAAAGCGAUCUUUUGCGAGUCAAGAUCCUAGUCCUCGGCCUUUGAAGAAAACGUAUCACACGCGAUCAAUGGAGCAGAAAAGCGAUUGGGUCAGCACCCCUGAUCAUUCACAGUGGACGCAUUUGCUUGAACCCACGGAGGUUCCGGUAGCCGCCCGCACCAGGACCCGACUGUCGCAAGGGGAGCAUGCCAGAGCGGGAAAUACUCCCGUGGGGCCAAUCUCGAAGAUUGAAGUCGUUAUUAUCAAUAAAAACCCAAAGCCUCUACCACCGGGGCCCUUUACCGAGUCGAGCACGCGCCGGAGUACCCGUCAUUUAUCAAUCCUUCCCAGGGAAAGCUACAGGCUUGCUCGGAGACGACAAUCAGCACCGGCAGCAGUGACACAGAAGAGGACGAUAAUCCCCUGUUCAGAGGAUGACGACAGUGACGAUGAGCUUAGCUUUUUUUGA